GGCAGCCAUUUUGCUCCCGUGAGAGAAGGGCCUGAAGUUAGAGUCCACAGGAAGAGGCAGAGCUGAGAGGGAAAGAAACACCAAGUCUUGUGACACUGAGCAAUGGAAUCUGCCUGUCCUCCUCUGGACAUUUCAGUAGUUUAGUCAUUCAGUUCCCUUUCUUGCUUCAUCUGGUGUUGAGUUUUUCUGUCACUUAUUGCAAAGAGUCCUAAUUGAUGUGAACAGAAGGGAGAGGUUUCCUUUUUUUCUCUCUCUCUGAUUCAAAAUGACUGUUGGGAAAACUGAGGCCUAGAGAAGUGUCCUGAAUCCUAAUGUCUGUAGCGGGACGUGAACUCACGAACCUCCUGCAGUGUGUUUCCAGAGCCUGCCAAGUCACUCUGCUGUACCACCUGGCACGUGACGUGCCAGACUGAACAGCAAGGCAACUGGAAUGAAAGUCCCUCCUGUCAUUCAUUCAAAUCGAAGAUCGCCACCCAGGCAACCCUCAUGCAGAUGGCUGAGUAAUGCAGCAGCCAGCACUAGGGCUCCAAGGAGGGGCAGGAAAGAGAGAAGCCAGUUCCUCGUGUCCUCAUUUCAACUGACUGCGUGUUCCUGGUACCCUGACUUCUUCUGGUUCCUGCAACUCCAGACUCCUGCUGGGGAGAGAAGAAAUGUGGGUAUUUCCUGGUCCUCUUGUCCUCUCCAGGCUUUCUGAUUUUGAGCAGGAUAACGAAGGAGGCCCAACUUCAUUCAAUAAGGACCCUGACGGAUUUAUCCCAGACGGUAGAACAAAAGGAAGAAUAUUGAUGGAUUUUAAACCAGAGUUUUUAAAGAGCUUGAGAAUACGGGGAAAUUAAUUUGUUCUCCUACACACAUAGAUAGGGUAAGGUUGUUUCUGAUGCAGCUGAGAAAAAUGCAGACCGUCAAAAAGGAGCAGGCGUCUCUUGAUGCCAGUAGCAAUGUGGACAAGAUGAUGGUCCUUAAUUCUGCUUUAACGGAAGUGUCUGAAGACUCCACAACAGGUGAGGAGCUGCUUCUCAGUGAAGGAAGUGUGGGGAAGAACAAAUCUUCUGCAUGUCGGAGGAAACGGGAAUUCAUUCCUGAUGAAAAGAAAGAUGCUAUGUAUUGGGAAAAAAGGCGGAAAAAUAAUGAAGCUGCCAAAAGAUCUCGUGAGAAGCGUCGACUGAAUGACCUGGUUUUAGAGAACAAACUAAUUGCACUGGGAGAAGAAAACGCCACUUUAAAAGCUGAGCUGCUUUCACUAAAAUUAAAGUUUGGUUUAAUUAGCUCCACAGCAUAUGCUCAAGAGAUUCAGAAACUCAGUAAUUCUACAGCUGUGUACUUUCAAGAUUACCAGACUUCCAAAUCCAAUGUGAGUUCAUUUGUGGACGAGCACGAACCCUCGAUGGUGUCAAGUAGUUGUAUUUCUGUCAUUAAACACUCUCCACAAAGCUCGCUGUCCGAUGUUUCAGAAGUGUCCUCGGUAGAACACACGCAGGAGAGCUCUGGGCAGGGAAGCUGCAGAAGUCCUGAAAACAAGUUCCAGAUUAUCAAGCAAGAGCCGAUGGAAUUAGAGAGCUACACAAGGGAGCCAAGAGAUGACCGAGGCUCUUACACAGCGUCCAUCUACCAAAACUAUAUGGGGAAUUCUUUCUCUGGGUACUCACACUCUCCCCCACUACUGCAAGUCAACCGAUCCUCCAGCAACUCCCCGAGAACGUCGGAAACUGAUGAUGGUGUGGUAGGAAAGUCAUCUGAUGGAGAAGACGAGCAACAGGUCCCCAAGGGCCCCAUCCAUUCUCCAGUGGAACUCAAGCAUGUGCAUGCAACCGUGGUUAAAGUUCCAGAAGUGAAUUCCUCUGCCUUGCCACACAAGCUCCGGAUCAAAGCCAAAGCCAUGCAGAUCAAAGUAGAAGCCUUUGAUAAUGAAUUUGAGGCCACGCAAAAACUUUCCUCACCUAUUGAUAUGACUUCUAAAAGACAUUUCGAACUUGAAAAGCACAGUGCCCCAAGUAUGGUACAUUCUUCUCUUACUCCUUUCUCAGUGCAAGUGACUAACAUUCAAGAUUGGUCUCUCAAAUCGGAGCACUGGCAUCAAAAAGAACUGAGUGGCAAAACUCAGAAUAGUUUCAAAACUGGAGUUGUUGAAAUGAAAGACAGUGGCUACAAAGUUUCUGACCCAGAGAACUUGUAUUUGAAGCAGGGGAUAGCAAACUUAUCUGCAGAGGUUGUCUCACUCAAGAGACUUAUAGCCACACAACCAAUCUCUGCUUCAGACUCUGGGUAAAUUACUACUGAGUAAGAGCUGGGCAUUUAGAAAGAUGUCAUUUGCAAUAGAGCAGUCCAUUUUGUAUUAUGCUGAAUUUUCACUGGACCUGUGAUGUCAUUUCACUGUGAUGUGCACAUGUUGUCUGUUUGGUGUCUUUUUGUGCACAGAUUAUGAUGAAGAUUAGAUUGUGUUAUCACUCUGCCUGUGUAUAGUCAGAUAGUCCAUGCGAAGGCUGUAUAUAUUGAACAUUAUUUUUGUUGUUCUAUUAUAAAGUGUGUAAGUUACCAGUUUCAAUAAAGGAUUGGUGACAAACACAGAA